GAAAACAAGCAAAGACGCAUGGGAAGUUGCGGUCGUUGACUGAUCUUUUCAAUAACUAAUCAUGGCAAGGAAAUUUAAACCUGAUAACUCAUGGAUCUUCAAUUUGGAUUCUAAACCCAAACCAGAGAAAACGCACAAUUUUGAUCUUUGUCGUCUUCGAGCAUACUCAUCUCAAACAGGUAAGAUUAUCGUAAUUAUUUCACGUAAAGACACACACUUAACAAACAGAUUGUUUUAAAGCCUUGACUCCCUUAAGUUUUACACAAGUUGACUUAAGUUUAGAAUACUCUAAUUAUGGCAUUUCAAGUUUGUUUCUAUGAGCUUAAACGUUCCUUUUCUCAUGGUGGACAGAGGUACUAUCUUGUGAAUUGGUUGUGAAUAUUUAAUGUACCAAAAAAAAGAUUUGCGUUGCGUGACAUGAUUUAAGUUCAGUGACAGAAAUGGCUCUUACCAGUGAACAUACCAAACUAUAGAUUUCCUGAUCAGUAAUCAGGUUUUUUUGGCAAAUCUUGAUCUUCGUGGCUGAGUUCAGACGACGUUGUAAUAAUUUGGAAGACUGAAGCACGUUCUCUAUUCUACUAAAAAUCCCUCAUAAACGGGUAGAAAGACGAAGUUGAUAUUUCAGCUCCAAUGGCCAACCAUUCAUGAAUAUAUAUAUAUAUCAUGUUUGAUGACGGGGGAGGGGCAAGAAUUUCCAUUUUUCAAAAUCAUUGAGCAAAAAGUUAGUUGUCACUGUAGAUAGACUUCUACACUGAUAUUUAUUGCCUGGUUAUUUAAUUAUUACAAAGAAAGAGAGUUUUGUUUCUAAGCGUUGUAACAAGGAAAAAGAGGUUGGAGGGCAAUAUUGUUCAAGCGUUAUACUUCGUGCUUGAAUGAACAACAAAGGAUUUAUCCUGUUUUUGCUAAAUGCAAAUCUUUGUUCGUUUCCAAUUGUGCGUUUGAGAUUACGUGGUAUGAACAAGAAAACCUCAGAAAUGUAUGAUUUCCUUAGAUCCUCGAUAAGAAAAAUUUGGUUCAUCUUGAAGUGAUACAUCUCGUCAAAGCGCCUCGACUAAAAGGCAAACUUUAAAUAGGAACACUUCUCCCUAAAAGUCGCCUUUCCCUACCCCCCCCCCCCCCCCGAAGACUUUCAGUAGUCUAAUGGACUCGUAUGAUAAACCAAGUAUACUGUAUACCGCUCUUGAUUUAAACGAUUUUGCCACGGAUCACGUUAUGUUGUCCACACCUAACGAAAUCGCUACGCUUUCGACACUGUGUAAAUUUCGGCUCAGUCUUUGGUCACAAAAAAAAUAACAGUAAUCGAAAUUCCUUCUGAAAACCUAUAAGAGUAUUCGAUGAUUGUUUGGUUUUGAAUUGGGGGAAUUUUUUGGGCUUGCGUUUUCCGAAAAAUACGUGACUAGACAUGGCCAGAUGGUCCAUAAGGCCCCAUCAGGAUUACCGGGAUACGGGAUGUUUGGGUAAAAAAUUAUAGGGAUACGAGACACUUGAGGAAAAAUUUAGAGGGAUACGGGCUUCGGGGAUAUCGAAGUAGAAUUUUGGGGAUACAAACUACAGGAAUUAACGGGAUACGGGAUAUUAUGGCCAAAAUUAAUGGGAUACAGGAUACUCAGACCUCCCUCAUGAGGCCUCGUUGAUUUGACACGAUCUCCUAUAGUAUAGUUCUAACUGGCUAAGAGAUCAUUGAAAGGAUUUUGUGUUAAGGGUAAAGGUUUUAAGAUCUCUGCACAAUUCCACCCAAACAUCUUUUAGUGCUCCCCUCUUCGUUGGUGCAAUACCAGCAUCACGUUAAACAAACAAACAACCUAACAAACAACACAUAAAGAUAACAUAAACUAAAAAUGAUGAUAGGGCUUGGGUUCUACUUUGGGUUUCGACUUCCGUCAGAUUCAUCUUGGCCACUAGCUUAAAUUUCCCAUGUGAUCAGUGACCGAAGCGACACAUAAGUUCGGGUAAAGCAUUAUGACUUCGAACAGGUGGAAUCAUCCAUUCUGCUAACGGGUCUCCUUGUGAGGUUAAAAUUACGAAAGGGAAAACCUGAUGUUAUGAAAAUCUUCUAAUAUUUAGUAACUAAAAUUUCACGUAGUGCAGAUAAGAGUCAUAAAACAGACAUUGUAGUUUUCGCAAUCUUUGUACAGCUUUAUCUUUAUUUCAUACGAAGUUGUUGUUCAUCACGUGAACCCAAGAUUGCGUGACAAACCUGGGUGGAUUUUUCCGUUUUAGAUUGUCUACCCACGUAAACUCUUCUUCCAAUGCCCUUCAUUUCUUUGAAACGAUGCAUUUGAAAAUUAAAAUAAAAGUAAACGACUGAAGCAAUCAAAAACAUGUCGAGAAAUAUUUGUUCAAAGUACAGACUUGCCAUUUUUCCAGGGUAACAAAUCAUGUGGUAAUUUGCGCAUGAUCAUUAUUACGUAAACACCAAGGUGUUCUGACAGUGCCCUAGAGGACCCAAAGGUCUGCAGAAAGUUGUAAAUCUUAGAAAAUUAGAAUUUUAAAACUAAAAACGUUGUAAUUAUUCCUUUUUUUAUAAAUUUCGCCAGAUCCAGAGGAUAGUUCAGCAGUGAUGAACGAAGAAACGUUACUAAUUGUAUUCGGAGCUUCGGUAAGUGACAGGUUUGACUUUCGCUUCUAUCGAUCUUUCCAAGUUGCACGGUGGAACAUUUUUAUUUGUUACCAAGAUAAUGUGCCGCUUUAAAAUCUUUUUCUAUCUCCUGGCUUCGAAAUCCUUUCUGCUAAUGAACAAAUGCGUUCAUUUUGAAACAGCUCACAACUUCAAUCGUUCGUGCAGAAAAUCGAACACAAAUUUACACAUGCAAAUAUUGCAAGUUAGGUCUAAGUAGUUUCACUUCAUGUUUGGAAGUUCACAGAUUGAAAUUUAAUAUUACAAUUACAGGGUUCGAACGCAAGGCUGGAAUUUUGUAUCUGUCAGUCUCAAUGCCAUUUUACAUCAGUCGAAAUUAAAGAGCUGUUUAUUUGCGAUUAAAGAUUUUGUAAGGGAAUUUGCAUUAACAUGCUAAUUGGUCACUAAUGUGAUAGCAAGAAUUUUGAAGAUGUAGGUCGCCCAUCAUGUUUGUGAAACUAUCAAAGUAAUACUUCCUCAGUAUUUCUCAUAACUUAUCAUUACAGGGAGACCUUGCCAAGAAAAAGAUUUACCCCACCUUAUGGUAAUACAAAGUUUUGUUGAUAAAUCUUUUGUAAGCAAAUAUUGGAUGACUUACUAGUCAGCAAUUCUAUUAAAUCUGAAAAGUCACGCAAUAGUCAGUGAUGAUGUGACACAAAUGUCACUCUUUCAGCCAGAUUCUUAUUGUAAUAAAAGUUGAAAACUUAGAUUAAAACUUUUUUCAUUUGAGUUUUCAUUUCCAAAUUAAAAAGACUGUGUAAAUAAAAAAAGAAAGAAAAAUUUUCAACCAGGAAUUUGUUAUAACAAUUUAUAUCAAUAGGAAAAUCUUUAUUUCAUUGUGGCAUGUGUUAUGUUAAAUGUUUUUGCUUUUUGAUACUCUCCCAUGGUGUUAUACUUAAAUCAAAUUGAUGCCAUUUCACCUCAUUGCAAGGGCUAGGGAGACAUUAGUCAUCACAGACAUGAAAAAGCUGAUAGAGAUUACAAUAAAUUAUCUCUUACUAAGUAUUUUUUAACGAAGUAUCAUGAUGCUUAAAGACUUUUGAAGGGAACAUGUUGAACUGGUGUUGUGAAAUUGAUGCUAGAUGAUAGGUUUUUAUUCCAUUUAAAGUCUGAUAUAUCUCUUAAGUGAGUUCACUUAUUGUACAUAUAACUGACAAGUAAGUGAUUGUUCAGUGGAGGAAAAAAAUGGAAGUUAUAUCUUGUGGCAAGGUCUGCGUUUGAUCUUUCAAUAAGUGCACAUUUUUGCUAUUACAAUUAAGCUAUGCCAUUUAUCUUACUAGGUAUCUGUACAAAGAUGAUCUCAUUCCAAAAAACACUAAAAUAAUUGGGUAUGCUCGUUCAGAUCUGACUGUUGACAAAUUACGAGCCAAAAUUGAGCCUUUCAUGAAGGUGAGUUCUUUUCCUCUGGCUAAGAGUAGAAAAUUAACCUCUGGUGGAGUAUUUUAACUCAGAGGAUCAACCAGUAAAUUUCCUGUUUUAAUAUUUAGAGAUAGAGGACAGUUCUUAGAUGUAAGGAAGAGGUGUGGGUCGCCCAUUUUUAUACAGUAUCAUAAACCCAAAGUGAAGUAAUCACUGUGGCCAAUCAGAACCAAGGAAAGAUCAACAGGAGUAAAGGAACUCAAUAUGAAUUCAUAUAAGCAUGGAAAAACCCUAAUGAUCCAGUCAAAUUUGUUUUAGUUUUCCACUUGCUUGAUUGACAGGGCAGCAUAACUUUUUUACUACAGUGAAAUCAAAGAGAAGCAAACCAAUGAUAAGUACAUUUCUCUCUCAUUUAUUGAAAAUUUUCUUCUGUAAGCUAAACAAAUUUGUCAUAAAUUAUUUCUUUUUAGCUUAAAGAUGGAGAGAAUGAAAAAUUGUCAGAAUUCUACAAGAGAUGCUACUAUGUGAAAGGUCCUUACAAUGAGGCUUCAGGUUUUAAAAGUCUGAAUGCAGAGCUUGAGAAACUUGGAGAAGGGAAGGAUGUUGUCAACAGGCUGUUUUAUCUUGCACUUCCUCCUUCUGUUUUCAUGGACACAUCAGAGAACAUCAAGAAGUACUGCAUGGGCUCAAAGUAUGUUAUGGUUUGAUGAAUAGUGUACAUGGUGGUUUGGAUUUCUCCUUGGUUUAAACUCUUUCACUCUAGUUUUGUUUGAAUUUUUUUCUCUGUUUGUUAUUGUGAUGAUGAGUUUAGGACAAAGAGAAAUAAAAAUCAAACAAGUCUGUAAAAUUUGAAAUGUAGAAAAAAAAUUAAAUCACAUUUAAUUCAGUCAUGUUGUUGGUCCACUCUCUCCCACAAACUUUCCACUAUGGGAAAAAGACUUAAAUGACCAAAUUUAAAAAUUCAAUAAUUUUCAUCUCGCAAUUUUUCAUUCAAUAAAGCAAUUAGUAAGUCAAAGCAAGUUUAGUAAGGGUAUAUGUACUAUGAAAAUAAUAGAGCUCCUGUUACACAGUUUUGCUUCUUAAUAAUCUUAUAUAAUUCCACUUUUUCCACUCACAUUCAUUUUUUAGUUCCAUUCACUUCAGGUCAAUACCAGGUGUCCUAGAAUCAUGUAAAUGACCUCAGAAUUGAGAACAAUUUUUAGCAUUAAGGUUGCACUCCUGUGUCAAAGUUUUUCAGAUCCUUAAUUUUAUAAAUUAAAUGACCAAGAUGUAAUGAGAUGUAUGCAUAAUGAUUUUGCCGAUGAUGGGUCUGGACAGCUUUCAGCUGUCCUGGUUAAACUUGCUGUAUUACUCCCACAGUGCCCUCCUUCACCCAAGAGUUCUAAGUAGGUAGCACAUAAUGGCCAGGGAAGAUUGAUGAAUUACAGGAAAACCAUGCAAAUAACCAGCAGAAGUAGCAAUAUCCUCAGUUUUUUCAUGUGGCAAAAACAGGAUAAGCUUGAAAUAAAGGUUUCCCUUGCAAUAUAAUAGGAACUUCUUCAUAAAGAGUAGCUAUACUCCUAUUAAUAUUAGCUUCUUGAUUAAAAAAUUAGGAUAAGCUUGAAACAGAGUAAUAGAAAAGUAUUGCCAUCCUUAGUGAGUAGUGGCACGUUUGGUUUCUUCUUGUUUCAAUAAACAGGAUAAGCAUCUAUCACUAUACUUGUCAAAGUUUUAGAUGUGCAAAAUCUACUUCGAAGUUCAUAACUAAGAUUGGACUUGUGUAUGGUUUGUAUAGGGGUUGGAACAGGGUGGUGAUAGAAAAACCCUUUGGCAAGGAUUCUGACAGCUCUGCUGAGUUGUCCAAUCAUCUAGCAUCACUGUUUCCUGAGGACUCCAUGUAUCGUAUAGAUCAUUAUCUCGGAAAAGAAAUGGUACAGAACCUGAUGGUGCUGCGGUAGGACUUAUUUCCCUUUACUCUUCUUGCUUUUAAAUUUUAAGGAUGGCUCUUUGAAUUAACCUCCAACAAGAGUCUUAUGUCAAUAGAUAGAUACAGUCACUGAACACAUUAGUCGUUAAUGGUCAAGACUGUAAAGGGACAUUUUAAAACAAAUUAUGUCUGUUAUGAUGUUGUGUUUGCCUUUUCUUCUGCCUUACCACAAGUAAUGAAGGUAACUGUGUUAACAUGAGCUAUAAUGGUUAGUAACAGGGCAAUUUAUGGUUAGUUAAUGAUUGAUACUCUUCUAAUGAAACUGUUUUUUAACUAUUUAAACCCUGAGAGUGACCAGCAUCUCAGUUCUCCUUACAGUAAUACAGCUGAAUCAUUCAUCAAGAUCAUGAGUAUAAAGGAAAUGAUCCCCAACUAAACUUUGAUUGACAAACAAAUUCUCUCUGUCAGUACUGAAGGAAAUGUAUAGAGAAGAUUUUGGAGAAUAUGGAUACUGAUAUUAGGGUGUAAUGGGUUUAUGAUUGGCAGAGAAAACCAUUAGCAACACACAAAUUUAGUACCAGUGAUAUUCUAUUUCUGAGGUUAGGUGGCAAAUUGAAAGUAACAAUAAUUCAAGUGACUCCCUUAUAAACAAUUUCUUCAUAUUAGAUUUGGUAACCGAAUUUUUGGUCCAGUGUGGUGUAGAGAGAGUGUCAAAAGUGUCAUCAUUACAUUCAAAGAACCCAUUGGAACUUAUGGACGAGGAGGCUACUUUGAUGAAUAUGGAAUCAUAAGGUAAUUUGUAGCAAUUUACUCUGACCAGUACAGUGAGUAUAAUUACCAAAAUGUGGAAUAGUAGUGUUUCUCCAGCUUUACAGGAACUUAAAGUAAAUGAUUAAAUGACGCCACAAUUGCUGAAUAAAAUUCAAGUCUUAUAAUCAACCAUCUCACCAUUACUGUAGUGUUUCAUCACCAAAAGAUUAGCAUACCAACUCAUGUUUUAAGUUUGAGAGAGGGGUUUCUUUGAAUUUGAAAAAGGAUUAUAGGCACUUUACAACUGAGUGAAAACUAAUUUGAAUUAAAUUGCCUUGUUUUUCAUCUCUUCGAUUUUAAAUUGUUAGAAGGUGCUGAACUUUGCCUCUGCAGAACCUGCAACUUCUAUCCAUCUUUAUUUAACUGAGUAACCUGCCAUUGAUAAAUGUAAAUGACAAUUACCAGUGUAUGAUAAUUAAUAGCAUGGAGCCUCCUUUAGUUUGGAGUCAAAGAGGGAAUUUCUUUUUCUUUUGCAAGUUUGAGGUUUGACUUCUGAUUAACACAAACUGUGCAUGUCUCUUGCAGAGAUGUGAUGCAGAAUCAUCUCUUACAGGUUCUUUGUUUGGUUGCCAUGGAAAAACCAGCCAGUAAACGAGCGGAAGAUCUUCGAAAUGAGAAGGUGAGUACAAUUGUGUGAACUGUUCAGUCACCUUUAUUCCAACAAAUUCUUACUCUUUUUUUAAUCCAGAAACAACUCUUUUUUUCCUGCAGAAACCAGUGGAUAUCCCUGUAUACUUUUAUUGUUCUUUCAAACUUUAAAUUUUUUAUAAACAAUUUACAAUUCAUGGGGCAUGUGAGGUACAGUCAGCUUAGCACGGAUGAUCAGAGUUAUUGCCUCCCCAUACAUGAGAUUACUGAUUCAAAGCAGGGUGACCCCCUUUUACCCCUACCCCCCCCCCCCUUUCCUGUUCUCCACAGGAAAGGGGGGGCUUUUGUUAGGUUACACUUGUUGACUAAUCCUGUCAUUUUGCUCUUUCAGGUUAAAGUUCUGAAGUCCAUAAGCCCAAUUGAAUUAGAAAACACUGUGCUUGGUCAGUAUAUUGGAAAUCCUGAUGCAGAAGGUGAUGGAAAAUUUGGUUAUCUUGAUGAUCCAACUGUACCAAAAGGAUCCAUCACACCAACCUUUGCAACCUCUGUCAUGUACAUUCGCAAUGAAAAAUGGGAUGGUAAGUUAAAGGUGCUCACUGAGGCAAGUGAAUUGAGGGAUCUAAACACAAUUCAAGAAAGAGUUUAACCCAGCAUUAAGACUCUGUCUUGCAGUGUCACUGUUCAGUAAUGUUGUUGAUUAUAGUGACUGAUAUUUCAGUAACCUUGGCUAAAGUCAUUAUUUGAGUCAAGUGAGUAGUUCUCUGUUAGUCACAUGUUAGUCACAUGUUAGUCACAUGUUCCAAGUCCACUUACAGUAAUUGUUUUAUGAAUCCAUUUCAACAAACCAAGCAAAUGACAUUCAAGUGAUACACAACUCCCAGACUCAAAUGAUGACACUUAUCCAUCUCACUGAUAUACAAAAGUCCUAUUCAGACAGCAGCAGGACUGAGACUAAUCUUCCCAUGAUCAAACUUUUAGCUCUAGCACUAACUUUAAGUACAAGUUAAGAGCUACACAUGUUUCAGUGUUAAGAAGUGGUAGGCAGGAAGACGACAAAUUAAUCUAGUAUUGAUAGAAUCAGCCAAAGUACUUCAAUUGUGAUAUUUUUUAACUGUACUUUUUGUUCAUUCAUGUCUACAGGUGUUCCAUUUAUUCUCAAAUGUGGCAAAGGUAUUUUUCAAUAAUUAUAAUUUUAUAAUGUCUGAUUAUAGAUUAAUAUAAUUAUUGGUACAUGUCAAAAUGUCGAUACAUUGUAAUUUUAAGUCUGGAUGAUUUCAGAUUUUAUAUCUGACAAUAAAAAGCUUUUUUGUCUCAUUUACAUAGAAGUAAAUACAAAAUAUUAGUCUCAUGUUUGUGUUGAUUUAAGCCUCUAUGGACUCAACAAAUUUAAAUACAAGUUUAUUUAAUAAUAUUCAAAACAAAUCAAGUUAGUUUUAUUUACUCUUAAGAAGUAUUAUCAGAAGCAAUCAUCAGCCUCUAUGGACUUAACACAAUUAAAUACAAGUUUACUUAUUUAAUAAUAUUCAAAAUUAAAUUAGUUUAAGUUUUAAUUUAAUUUUAAGAAUUGUUGUCAGAAGCAAUCAUUAGCUGUUACACUAAUAAAUCACCAACUACUUCUCAUUCUCUAGCUCUGAAUGAGCGUAAGGCAGAGGUUCGCAUUCAGUUCAUUGACACACCUGGAGACAUCUUUGAAGGAGGAUGCAAGAGGAACGAGUUAGUGGUCAGACUUCAGCCAAAUGAGGUAUGCAGAAAUUUCCCAUUUUUAUUAAUAAAAAAUAGUUUUCCCAUAGUAUCAAUUUUAAAUUUGUGAAAAUGUUCAGUAAUAAUAAUGAUAAUGAUAAUGAUAAUAAUAACAAUAAUAUCUCACUGAUUGUGGGUGGAUAUACCUGUGAUGACAGCAAUAUCCUCACAUGUAAAAGAUGUGAAAAAUGCAUCAAUCAAUUGGAAAAUUCUACUUCCCCCUACCCUUCCCCCCCAGACAUUUGAACUUUCAAGGAUUAGGUUUUUUUAACUUCUGCCCCCCCCCCCAAAAAAGUAGUGUUCAAAUAUCACAUCCAAGUGCAUUGAAACAAUUGUUUGUUGUGAAGGAAAUAUUUUUGUUGUAUUUUACAGGCUGUUUAUGUCAAGUUGAUGAUUAAGGAAGCAGGAAUGUCCUUUGAACCAAAAGAAUCAGAGCUGGACUUAACAUAUUCUGACAGAUACACGGUAUGUUUUUUUUUUCUAUCUGUCAGAAUUAGCUUCUUUUUUUGCGGUGUGGUUGUAGCUUUUUCAGCUCCUUAAAAGUUUGUUCUCUCUAUCAUGUAAAUCCCAAUGAAUAACAAUUUUUUCAGGCAUUUGUGUCAGCUAAUAGUAUUCUUCAAACAUUGCACAACAUUUGAAUACUUAACACUUUUGUUUUUACUAAACAGAAUGUGAAGAUGCCUGAUGCCUAUGAGAGACUUAUUCUUGAUGUGUUUUCUGGAAAUCAAGCUCAUUUUGUCAGAAGGUACAAACAUCUGUUAGAAAUCAGACUGUUGGGUUUAUCUCAAUGGUUGUAGACCACAAUACAAUUGAUAACAAGUUGUAUCAUGCUGUUCACUAUGUACUAUUUCAAGAACAAGUUAGUGUGAGAGGUGAUUGGGACAAAUUGCAACAAAAGCUUCCUUAUCAUAUUUGACACAGAGAAUUUUGAGAAAUAUUUGUUUUUCCAAUGGAAUUUGGUCACCACAAUCAGUUGCACAAAUGAAAACUUGUUAGAGGUCAUGCAAUUGAGCGCAGCGAUGUUUAACUCUGUCUUAAGAACAAAGAUUUUUCUUACAAAUCUCCUUGCCAUGGGGAGCAAAGUUUUGCUGCCAUUUGUUUCAGUAAAGUUUUGCAGUAAAUUCUUGUAUCAUGUUUCUUGGUCUGAAAACUUAGGAACUGUUUAAUUCUUUUAUAUUGCUAUAAUUUUAUUGUGAUUUUCUCUACAUAUAAUAAGUUAGUAAUUUUAUGGGUCACACAUUUUUUUAUUUCCAGUGAUGAGCUUGCUGAGGCCUGGAGAAUUUUUACCCCUAUUCUCCAUCAGAUUGAAAAGGAGAAUGUAAAACCAAUUCCUUAUCAGUUUGGAAGGUAUUAACUCUUGUUAAUAAUGGACAUGUGCUAAACAAGUUCAGUUGUAGCAGUCAAGCACUUUCAAUGAUCAAUUAAAAAUGAAUAACAGCCAAUUGUUAACAAAAUGACCCUUAAGUUUGUCAAUCGUAACAGUUGGUAGAGGAAGGUCAAUCACUUUGUCAUGGUUGGUAUGUCACUGUUAGAUACACUGGGACUGUAUCACUGAUAACUCAAUAGUGAAAACACCCAAUCAUGCAACUAAAUUUGAAGACAUGAACAGAUUUCUCCUCUAAUUUGAAAUAAAUUUAAUUACUUAUAAAUUUUUCCUAGGCAACAAAUUGUACUCAAGUGGUUUAGUCUUUAAGAAAUUUACAGAUACUUGUCCUUGUUCAUUCCAAAUUGCUUCAGAAAUUAUUUGACCACCUACACAAAGCUGACAAGAUCCUCAGUCAAACUGUAUCACUCACACAGUGUGGCUUAGUCAUAUUUGGAUUCUAGGGAUUGUUGCUUUCACUUGCAUUUAAGGUCAACUUAGUUCAAGGUUAAAUCUUUCUUACUGAUAGUUAAUCCCACUUAUGUAUACUGAUUGUUGCCAAAGAUGAAAGUCAGGCAAGAAAACACUCCUUACAGAAGGCCCAGAAGUCAUGGUCACAGAGAGACACAUGGAAACUGCACAUUUCCUUUAAAAAUUGAUGUUUUUUUUUUAACCCAGGACUCCCCAUAAUCAUAAGCAUCAAAUUUCUCCUUACAGUAUUAUCCCUGAAUCAAACAGUAAGAUCAUAAGAAUAAAGGAAAUGAUAGCAAACUCAAGCUCUUGAUUAAAAAAGUUGAAAAGAUGAAAGUCAGGCAAGAAAACACUCCUUAUGGAAGGCCCAGAGUCAUGGUCAUAUAGAGGCACAUGAAAACCACACAGUUCCUUUAAAAAUUGAUUUUUUUUUUAACCCAGGACACCCCAUAAUCAUAAGGUCAAAUUUCUCCUUACACUAUUAUCCCUGAAUCAAACAGUAAGAUCACAAGAAUAAAGGAAAUGAUAGCAAACUCAAGCUCUUGAUUUUUUGACAAAUUCUCCUCAUUAGUAACAUUCAAAAUGUACAGAGAACUUGCAUACUGAUGUUACAGUGUGUAUAAAGAGCUAGGAAGUCAGUAUGACUGUGUAUGGGAAGUUCAACUUAUUUUGCAUAAAUCUUUAUUUUUCAUUUUUAUAUAGGCAAAUAUGCACAUCCACUAAUCAUGAGGUCAAUUGUCUUCAGUUUGAUUUGCCAAUUUUUGGCACUCAUUGAGAUUUUUUUCUUUCUUUCUUUCUUUUUGUUUUUUUUUUGUUUUUUUUUUGACAGCCGAGGACCAUUAGAAUCUGAUACUCUUAUCAAAGACAGUGGAUUUCUUUACAGUGGAACAUAUAAGUGGGAAAAGAAAGCUAACAAGUAGAUCAUUACUUUAAAACUCAGGUAUGACUGCCAUGAUUUUAUUCAAUAUUGGAUUUUUGCAGUUUGUGUAAAUAACAAAAGGCUCAAAUCAGCUGUAGCAGGACCAAACUGCAAGAUUUUACCUGUCUGAUUACCGGUUGCUGGUAAUUGAACAAUUAAACAGCUGAUGAAAAUUACACUUUAACCCUCUAACCCCUUAGUGUGACUAACAUCUAAUUUCUCCUUGCAGUAUCACCCCUGAAUUAUGCAGUAUGGUCAAGAGAAUAAAGUACUUGAUCACAAACUUAAGUUGCUCUUGAUUGUAAAACAAAUUCUCUUUGUCAGCACCUUAGGAAAUGUGUAGAGAACAGUAUGGAGAAUAUGCAAACUGAUGUUAGGGUGUAAAGGGUUAAAUGUUACAAGCCAAGUUAUCACUCAGACAAUGCCAAUCAAUCAAAACACCUGGGAAAACUCUUGGGCACCCUGCUCCUAGAGCUUAGGCUUAAGAACAAAUUAACCAAUGACAUUGAUCUGGUGAGAAAAAGGUUUUCUGAAGCCACUUUCCAACCAGAGUGAUGGGACCAAUCAGUUUUUUUAUUCUUUGUUUAUAUGUAGAACACUGAAGUGUGAUAUUUUUGCUAAUUUGCAGGUUAGCCCUUUUCAGUUGAUAAUCAACAUGAAAGUUGCAGUUGUUUCUCCUGCUGCUGAUCAAUUAGCGAAAUUUGAAAAUGACAGUUUAAGUCACAACUUUUAUAUUAACUCACUCAUUGCAUGACUUAACCUAAAUUUCUUAUUACAAUCCUUUUCCUGCCACUUUCACUUAAAGGAUUUGUUUCGUACUUCAGUUGUCUCCAGCUUUUGAGAGGUGAUCACUAUUUAGCUAGUAUUAGUUUCAGUUGUCUCUUUUUAUUUGUGUUUUUAUGACACUUUUUUUUCUCUGAGAAAUAUGAAGUAGAAGUAGUCUACCCUUUGUUGCCUUACAACAUAUCAAGUCAUCCAUCUGCAAGAUGAAUAUUUCCACAUUUUCAGGGAAUAUGUGGUCAGUUGUGCUUUUUUUUUUUCACCCCGUUUGAUCUGAUGCACAGGUGAAACAAACUAGGACUGUUAAAUUUGGGCAGUUUCCCAGCAUGUAGGGUUCAGUUGGACUAUAGGUUUUUUUUAAUCAAAAUGCAUAUAUGUGGUACAGCUGAAAGUCAUACCAAAACACUAUUGUCAAAAUAUUUGGCUUUGUUUUUUUCAAGAGCCCGAGGGUAAUUGCAUAGAUCUCAAUUUAAAUGUUCAAAGGUGAAUCACUUUACAUACUUUUCCCCUUAAGUAUGAACAUAGUUUGACUUGCCCUGCAAUAAGCAGACAUGAUACAUACUGGUACAUGUUUUACAAGGUCAACUGUAAGAUAUAAAAAUGUACUAUUUUAACAACAGGUGACUUUCUAGGUAGAGUUUUCCCUUGUAUUUGGUUUGAACUAAUUUUAGACAUCAUAAGAAUUAAUGAUGUUGCAGCCAUCAAGAGUCCUGCUCAAAGCAUUCAUUUUGGUCACAAAAGCUGCCUCAUAAGGUCAAAACCUAGCACAUUUGUAAUGCUAGCUAUUAUUCAAAGACUUAGUGUGGUAACUUAGGCUUAAGUAAAUAAUGUUUGAUUCCCUUCUCAAGAGAGAGAAGAAAUAAUAAAAUGUGC